UCUGCACAACUGCACACUCUUCCUGUUCACGCCAUUGGUGGCAGACAUACACUCAUACGUGAUGAGCUACAUAAUAUAUUUGUGUCUUAAAUAAUAAAUGUAUUCUAUCAAAUAUCUCUGAUUUAUUAAUUGUGUUCUUAAUUAAUAUAUAUUUAAAGUAUAAGCAAAUUAUUAAUUUUACAAUAUUAAACAUAUUUAUUCUUCAUUCGUUCAUAAGAUACCUAUAACAAGUCGAAUUAGGGUAAUAUUAUAGUGUCAUGGAUUCAAGUUUACUGUUUAUCAUCGUAAUUACAUUAAUGUGCAUAAUCGUGGUUAAAUUUUGGCCGCGUGAUAUAAAUGAGGGUAACAAUAAUUCAAUAGAGGUCAGACAGGUUGCCGCAUACCAACACAACAUUGAUUAUGUUUGGGAAAUUAAUAGAAAUGAUAUAUCAGUAAAAAAUAGAGUUCUUGGCGAAGGAGCAUUUGGUAUAGUAUACGAGGGUGAAUGGAAUGGAAAAAUAGUUGCUGUUAAAACGAUAAACGAAUUGUUGACAGAUGCUGCUAAUUACAGAAGAUGGAUGAAGAAUUUUAAGUUGGAAAUCGAUUGUAUGAAAAAAAUAGGGGAACAUGAGAACAUCAUUCAAUUUUUAGGCUGUUACACUCAAGAUGAGCCUUUAUAUGCUAUUUUAGAAUAUGCAUCCAAAGGUAACCUUAAAUCUUUCUUGCAAACAAGUUACAUAAAUAGUUCCCCAAUGGAAUUACUAUCUUACGCGGAACAAGUGGCACAAGGGAUGAAGCAUUUGCACGAAAAAAAUCUUAUCCAUAGGGACCUAGCAGCCAGAAAUAUCUUAGUAACUGAAGAAUCUAAAAAGAUUAAAAUGAAAAUUGCGGACUUCGGAUUUUCAAUUGAUAUUGAUAUUACUAUAGAAGAAUACUAUGAACAAAAAAAUAAAUGUUUAAGAUAUAAUAAAGUAUAUCCGGUCAAUUGGAUGGCACCUGAAGCACUACUAACAAAAGAAUACACAUUAAAAUCAGAUGUUUGGUCCUACGGCGUAUUGUUGUGGGAGAUUUACACACAUGGACUACGCACACCAAAUUAUAUUGAUUGCUCCCUGUUAAAGGAAGACAAGCGGUUGGUUCAACCAUCGGGAUGCUCAGAUAACGUAUACGAUAUAAUGAAGGCCUGUUGGGAAUUCUAUCCAAUAUACCGACCAACGUUUAAUAAACUGAUAAUUACUUUCCAAAAUAUGUUAUCCAGAGAAGUUUGACGAGGAAUGUCAUAUAAAUAAUAUAUCAUGUUAUUAUUAAUUAUUAUAAUAAAAAAUUUAAAAAAAUUA